AUGGGCCGAAUGAUUCAUUUCCCCGUGGGCAGAAUGGAUCAUUUCCCCGGUGCCAUGGCUGAGCCAAGACCAGGCGCCCUUCGCGUGGCUGAUGCCGAGAAAACCCCCCCCGGUUGCAACGUCUUGGCCUCACUCGAUCGUGUGGCCCCCGCGCGACACCACCCUUUGGCGUAUGUCAUCGACCAGCGCCAUGAAUUGAUCGGAUGA